UUAGUUAUUUGGACUUUUUAGAUGAUAACUUCAACAAAAUGACCAGUGAAAAAUGGAGACCGAGACCUCUAAAUUUAAGUUGUGGAGUAUGUGGAGGUCCUUCAACAGCAGUUAAACAUUAUGGUUCAGUUUCUUGUUUCUCCUGCAGAGCAUUUUUCCGACGGACAGUUGGAAACGGGAAGGUGUUUUCCUUCUGCUCUAGUGGAUCAGACAACUGUAGUGUAAAGGAGAAUUCCAGAAAUAAAUGCAAAAAGUGUCGAUAUAANCGCUCCCCCCUCCACCAGAAUAUCAUGAUAUUGACAAUAAUAUAA